UGUGCUGUCGAGAUGGCUAGAACCAAGCAGACUGCCCGCAAAUCUACUGGUGGCAAGGCCCCCAGGAAGCAGCUGGCCACUAAGGCUGCGCGUAAGAGCGCGCCUGCUACAGGCGGUGUGAAGAAACCUCACCGCUACAGGCCUGGCACAGUGGCUCUGCGAGAAAUCCGCCGUUACCAGAAGUCCACCGAGCUUCUGAUUCGCAAACUGCCUUUCCAGCGGCUGGUGAGAGAAAUUGCCCAGGACUUCAAGACCGAUCUGCGUUUCCAGAGCUCUGCCGUCAUGGCUCUGCAGGAGGCCAGCGAGGCCUAUCUGGUCGGCCUGUUUGAGGACACCAACCUCUGCGCCAUCCACGCCAAGAGAGUGACCAUCAUGCCCAAGGACAUUCAGCUGGCCCGCCGCAUCCGAGGGGAGCGCGCUUGA